AUGCCGGAGCUCGUAGGUUCCGUUGACGCUGGUACCACCAGUGUGCGAUUCAUGGUCUUUGACGAAUACGCCAAGGUGAUCGCCUCUCACCAGAUGGAGUUCAACCAGUACUACCCACACCCCGGUUGGCACGAGCAGGACGCACACGAGAUCAUCGACUGCGUCUAUCAGUGCAUCGACAAGACCCUCGUCAAGCUCGAAAAAGGUGGCCAGUACAACAAGGCCGACGUUAAAGUCAUCGGUGUCACCAACCAGCGAGAAACUACGGUGGUUUGGGAUAAAAACACCGGCAAAGCCCUCACCCGUGCUAUCGCCUGGCCAGACGCACGAACCACCUCCACCAUCCGCCAACUCGAAGCCAAGAGCGACAAAGGUGUAGACGCUGUCAGGCAAGAGACCGGUCUCCCUCUCUCCACCUAUUUCGCUUCGGUCAAGCUGCGAUGGAUGCUCGACAACCUGCCCCAAGUCCGCAAGGCACACGACGACAAGCAGAUGCUCUUUGGUACCGUCGACAGCUGGAUCGUCUACAAUCUCACCGACAAGCAGGUGCACAUUACCGACGCUUCCAACGCUUCGCGAACCAUGUUCAUGGACCUCCGUGCCCAAAAGUGGGACCAGAAGCUGUGCGAUUUCUUCGGCGUCGAUAUGGACAUUCUGCCCGAAAUCAAGAGUUCGUCGGAAGUGUACGGCAAGAUUGCUCACGGUGAACUCAAGGGAAUUGAGAUCGCAGGUAUUGUGGGAGACCAGAUGGCUGCGUUGGUAGGCAACAAGUGUUUCACUCCAGGAGAGGCCAAGAAUACCUAUGGCACCGGUGCUUUCUUGCUCUACAACACCGGCGAGAAGGUCGUUUCCUCGAAAAACGGUUUGCUUUCCACUAUCGCCUACAAGGCAGGCCCUGAUGCACCGGUCCACUACGCAUUGGAAGGAUCGAUCGCCGUUGCUGGCUCAGCAGUCAAGUGGGUUCGCGACAGUUUGGGUCUCAUCAAGGAAGCUAGCGAGAUCGGCGACUUGGCUGGCCAAGUUGAGGACACGGGAGGAGUCUACUUUGUCACUGCAUUCAACGGUCUCUUCUGCCCUUACUGGGACGACACUGCUGCUGGUACGGUUGUCGGUAUCACCGCUUACACCGACAGGCGCCACUUGUGCCGUGCCACUCUGGAAUCGACAUGCUACCAAACCAAGGCUAUCCUGGAUGCCAUGUCGAAAGACUCGGGUGUCGCCCUGAAAGCAUUGCAAGUCGACGGUGGCCUCACCAACUCGGAUGUCGCGAUGCAGAUCCAGGCUGAUAUCCUUGGCAUCAAUGUCGAGCGACCUGAAAUGCGAGAGAGCACAGCACUGGGUUCCGCUCUCCUUGCUGGUUCGGCGAUCGGUCUGUUCGGUUGGGACAUUAACAAGCCAGAAACGCUCAGCAAGGUCAACAGGGCAGGAAAGCAGGUGUUUGAGCCCAAGAUCGACGAGGACAAGAGGAAGCAGCUCCUGCACGGUUGGGAGAGGGCAGUGGAGCGUGCCAAGGGCUGGAACGAGAACCCCUGA